AUGGCAACUCAGUGGUUUACUGGUGGUUCUCUUCCUCCUCCUCCAGGGAUUGAACCUGAAUUCGAUAAUCCUCCCAGUCAGUUGGCGGGAAAUAUUGCCCUUCAUGUGGUUUUCUUAACGGUAGUCACGGUUGCGGUGGCCAUGAGGCUUUUCACCCGCUUACGAGUGCUUCGAAGCACCUUGGGGAUAGACGAUAUCUUUUGUAUAGCGUCAUUUUGUUUAACCGCCGCUUUCUCUGGAUUAAUGAUUACAUGUUACUCGAGAGGGAUUGGACGCCAUAUGUGGGAUGUGCCGAUUGUCUGGCUCUCAACAGCUCUCAAGUACUUCACUAUCGCGCAAUACAUCUAUCUCACCCUCACAGCCACCGUCAAACUCACUUUCCUCUUCUUCUACUACCGCAUCUUCCACCCUCAGCACAAAAUCAAAUACCUCAUCACCUUUGGCAUCGUCUUCGUCGCAAUAACCCACAUCACCAUCCUCUUCCUCACCAUCUUCUCCUGCGCCCCCGUCAGCCAUGCGUGGAAUGCAGCUUCGCCAGGCCGCUGCUGGAACCCGAAGAUCCUGCCCUAUCUCUCGGGCGCUCUAAGCUCAGUCACGGAUCUCUACGUUCUCAUCUUACCCAUUCGUUCCCUGUGGGAUUUGAACAUGACUACACGCCGGAAACUGCGCCUGGCAGCCGUAUUCGGCCUUGGAAGCUUCGCCUGCAUCGCAAGUCUCAUCCGCCUAGGAAUGACCCACGUCCUCACAGACAGCACGGACGCAACCUGGAACAUAUCCCUGAUAGCUCGAUGGGCAGUCAUCGAAGCCAACACCGGAAUCAUCUGCGCCUGUCUCCUUCUCCUCCCCGCGUUCCUGGACCGCUACUGGCCCAAGCACUUUGGAUCCUCGAUCAACCGGCUCUGGUCCAGCAGGCAGCGCGGGAAAUCCGGGGCGAUGACCUCGUCGGUGUCGAAGCCGCAUCGCCAUGAGAGCAGCCCAUCCCGGCAGAACCUGAAGCGGAUGAGUGAUGAGACGUCCGAGAUGCGCGAGGUGGAUGUCUUGGAUUCGAGGGAGGAGUGUCCGAUUCCGCAGGGGAGUGGCGGGCAUCGGUUUGUUUAG